UAAUUACAUUUUCUAGAAACUUCAGAAUGUGAUUUAAUAAUUACUCAGAAGAAAGCGUCAUUCCACACUGUUCAAACCGUUUUAGACUUUCAAACUGUGUCAAUUUUAAAUUGAUAGAUCUUUUUACAUUCAGGAUUAUAUUACAAGAUACGUGUUGACCCAAAACUAGCAUUGUUCUGUUACCAAUAGAAUGCAGAUACACAUAUUUAAGUAUUUCCGACAAAAAAAAACUUUGCAAAGACAGGGUGGAGCUAACAUUUAACAUCCAUCCAUGCACUAUUUAUCAAAACUAGCUGACUGUGCUAACUGUUCGACAGAAACUAGACAUAGCUGAUCACUGUUAGCAUGGGUUAAAAUAUUCAAAUGAAAUAGAGGGACUUAACUAAGGUUUAAAAGUUUAGGUUUUAGACUACGUCAAAAUAAUACAAAUAUGAGAAAAUAUUAAAACGUCUUACCUCAUUAAAUCCUAUACCCACUCCUACUUAGCAUACAAGCUCUCCUACUUUCCUAUAAAUAGAAAAUAAAUGCUUCCUAUCAUUCUCAUAAACUGUUUAAAGACAACAAAACAGGAAUUUGGUAGUCAUAUUCCUCGUGUUUCUGUGCUAUUUUAAAAUGUAUUUGUUUCAAUCUUUAAGAGCUCACCUAAGCGAACCACUCCUACGCAUCCAAGUGCUCCAAAUUGAUAUAUGACAAUAUCUACUUUCGAUCACGUGUUACAGGGCGACUUAGACGGAUUGCGCGUCAUCUCGCCUUCCCAAAUUUUCUCCUUUUGCAGCUCGAAUCCAAAACAUCUAUCUAUAGUAGGCAAAGGAGUACAGGGGGAAAGAUGUUUAACUCGGUAAAUCUGAGCAACUUCUGCUCCCAGACACGUAAAGACCGGACAUCUGAGUUCGGGGACAGGACGGGCUGUGCCUCCAAUAUCUACCUCCCCAGCUGCACCUACUACGUCCCAGAAUUUUCCACCGUUUCUUCGUUUCUUCCGCAGGGGCCUUCGAGGCAAAUUACAUACCCAUACACUGCAAAUUUAUCUCAAGUGCAACCGGUACGAGAUGUUUCCUACGGCCUGGAUCCUUCCAGCAAGUGGCACCACAGAACAAACUACGCGACGUGCUACUCCGGAGAGGAUCUGGUGCACAGGGACUGUCUUCCGCCAUCCACCAUGACAGAAAUGCUCAUGAAAAACGAGAGCGUGUACAGCCACCACCACCAUCACCACCAUCCUAACUCUAACCACCCAUCUACUGGUUUCUAUUCCAGCGUCGGGAAAAACAACGUGCUCCCUCAAGGUUUUGAUCGCUUUUUUGAAACGGCGUAUUGUGCCACUGACAAUCAGUCAGACCUUUGUUUACAAAAGAGCGAAACGGCUAAACUCGAGAGCACGUCCCAGCAGCCCAGCGGAGUUUCGGGGGUGGAAGAGCCAGAAAAGGACGCCGAGGACGAAGAAGAACGAACAAAUUCUGGCUCGUGUAGCUCCUCAGGCACAAAGGAAGGCAACGCAAGCAAAAUCAACCAUUCUAGUGCCCCUCGCACGAGGAAGAAGAGAUGUCCAUACUCCAAGUUUCAGAUCCGCGAACUGGAACGAGAGUUUUUCUUUAAUGUUUACAUCAACAAGGAGAAAAGGCUGCAGCUCUCCAGAAUGCUUAACCUUACUGACAGACAAGUGAAAAUAUGGUUUCAAAAUCGCAGAAUGAAAGAAAAGAAAUUAAGUAGAGACCGCUUGCAGUAUUUCUCUGGGAACCCAUUGUUGUAAACUAUGGACAUACAGUAUUUCAGUAGGCCAAGACUGAUUUUACUUGAUAUUUCCGAAAACCUCGGAUGUUCCAUCAUUCUGUGAUCUAGUCAUCAUUGAUCUCGAAGAAGCCGACAUUUCUGACUAAAUUCGCAUGGAUGUUUUUUUUGUUGUUGUUGUUAUAACAGAGAAAAUGCGUCUUGGGACGAUAUGGAGCUUUGAAUUCAAGUCUUCGUAGUUAACAAUUCAAGUUCAGAUUCACGUUUCGCAAGGUUUUAAGGAAAAUCACAGGCUACACUGAAAUCUUUGUAGGUAUCUUCUUCACAAUGCACAUUUAAUGACUAGUUGCUGUAAAUAUGUAACAAAGUCGUCGUUCAAGAUCUUGUAUUUUCCUUUUUUCCUUUUUUUUUUUUUUUACAUUUUCGUCAUUUUAAACUGUGACUUGUACAAUAUGUAAUAAUGUAUUCCUUGUACAGAAACUAUGCCUCGUGCAUUUGUGAUUGUAAAUAUAGCAAAUAUUAAGUUCACUUUCCUAACAUUGCUGCUAUUUUCUUCAUAUUGCCCGAGCAGUUCUCGCGCGCUUUAGGCUAGGAUCCAUGUUCCAUUCUUUAACUUAUUUGCUUUAUGUUAUGCCCAGUGUUCUUUUGUCUUUAGUCAGAGAACGCAAAGGAUACAUUUGAAUUGUGUAUGAUAUAUGGUAUACCACAUAUGAAAUAAAUAUAUACAAUGUAAAGGCAUUGAUAAGUGAAUCCUGACUCAAUUUCAAUCCUGACUCAAUUUCAGACAGAAACUUCAGCUUGUACAA